UUGAUCACAGCCGACUCGACCCUCACAUGCCCCGUGUGCAGCAAGCCCGCAGGCGACAUUACCGACAAGACCGUUGGCGCCCAGCACUGGCAUCUCUACUGCUUCAACUGCGCGAUGUGCGGCUCGUACUUGGACGGCAAAUUCUUCCGUGACGAGUCCACUGCGCACGGUCUGCUGUGCCCGACGUGCCACACGCACCCCAUCAAGCUCACCACGACCCCAGGCAGUGUGUCAUACGUUGCCAAGAUCCCGACAAUCGCACCGGUAAACUCGGACACCUGCCCGCGCUGCAGUAAGACGGUCUACCAGGCCGAGAAAAUCCGCGCACUCGACGCCAACUGGCACAAGCGAUGCCUGUCGUGCGAGGGCUGCCACAAGGCACUCGCUGCUGGCAGCUUCCAGGCACGAGACAACAAGCCGUACUGCAAGACUUGCUUUGGCACUGCGUACAAGGUUUAA